AUGUUAGCUGCGCAUGCGCUUCCGGUGUGUUGUGUGUUCGACGCCUGGAUGCACAUCCGGGCUUUUCAAGCUCAGACGGAAGUGCGGCGGGUAAGUGAAGGCGUCGCGUGUAAAAUCCUCACCUUGUCUGGAGGUCGUCGGGAGCCUGGCUUCCCGCAGAGGAGCGGCCGCUUCUGUCGGGCGGGGAGACCCUUCAGAGCGCGAGAAGGCGGGGAGACCCUUUUCAGCCCUUCUGCGGGCGGAGAGGAGGAGGUGACUCCCAAAACUGCAGCAGCCGAGCGUGGAGGGCAAGCAGAGCCUCCUCCGCGCGCUUCCCCUGCCUUGUGCCCACUUGGCAUCGCUCUCCAGGCGCGGCGAGGGCGCGGGACUCGGUCACGCGGCGCCUUCCGUGCAGGCGGCUCCGCGGGGCCCCUGGAGGGAAACGGCGGGAGAGACCGCGCGCGCUCCUUUCGGCGAUUCACUGCAGAAACUGGACUUUGGGGAUAGGUGCCCUGGGGAGCCCCGUUCUUUAGCCCCGAGUUCAGCAGCUCAGGUUGGUCGCGUGCAAUGUGGCAAAUGCCCAGCAAUACAAUGUUUUUCUUAAAACUCUUCACCUGACAACCUGGGAUUGUUUUAUGUGCCCAAUGCAGGUGGCAAACUGUAGGGUUUCUAGUGUUCAGUAGUUUUGUACGCUGUUUGUACGACGAACCAGCCUUACAUGGUGUUAGUGUUCUUGAAAUACUAAGUAACAGUGCACUGUAGACAUUGUUGUCUGCUUUUAAGAAGAUCGCGUUUCAGAGAGCUUAUGAAAUGGUGCCUGCUUAAACAUAAGGUGUGGCAGGUUUUUUUACUACAGUUAAAAUCUCUGGGCUUUAGACUCUGCUGUGAACCAAACAAUGCCAACCUUGGAAUCUCAGUAUAUUUAUGUAAUAGUAAGGCAGAUUGUGGCCCACACAAUUGCACCCCCUCCAAAGGCUCCCAAAACAUAAGCAGCACCUGCUGGAUCAGAUAGAUGGCCCAUCUAGUCCAGUGUCUUGAUCUUACAUUGGCCAACCAGAUGCCCAUUGGAAGCCCAAAAGCAGGACAUGAGUCGAACAGUGCUUUACAUGCUAGAAAAAAGCCAGCUCUAACCCUAGUGAGCUCCUGUAACCAGAAGAGGUGGUGGAAGGUAAGGGCUGCCAGCAGUUGUGCCAAUGUCCUUAUAUAAGGGGCAAUAUAUGCAAAGUAUGGUAAAGCAAAGCUCAAUAAAGCAAGCUGUGCCUGAAUUUAAAUCACCUGAAUCUUGGUCAAGAAUACUCUCUUAAAAUGUGAAUACUGUUAUUGCUUUCACGAAUUCAAUUUUUAAGAGAUUUCAGCUCUUCACACUCUUUCUAGGUUCUUCUGUCUCCACUGACCACCAGACCACAUUGACUGGACAAGGCUGUGACAGUCCUUUCGGGCAAUUACUGUCAGGAUCAUCUGCUAUAUGCUAUGGGGCGGGGCAGCUAAUUUAUGACCCUUUUGAUAUUGUUGGAUUACUGCUCCUAUCAGCCCCCACCAUGGUCAAGGAUGAUGGGAGUUGGUAGUCCAACAACCCCUGGGGGGCUGCUGGUUAACCAUCCCUAUUUUAGCUGUUCACAGUUAUAAUUCAGAUAGCUGACAUAGGCCUUUAACUGCUUUCUUGUAACUGUAACAAUGUUGACAGGCUACAUAUAAAGUAUCAGGCUUCACAGCCUGAUUAUCUUUUCAAUUCAGUAUUGCCCCCUUAUAAAUACAGUGCCUUUCAAAAUACUUUUUUUUAAAAAACACACUUAAAAACAUUUUACAUUCAACGUUAGACUCAAGUAAAAACAGUUUAGGUUCAAUAAAGUGUAGGAUUGGAUGGUGACUUGUUAUGUUGUAAGUUAUGUUAAGUAGUUCAAGAAUAACAGCGAUCUUUUGUUUCUUGUGACAGAAAUGACAGCUCCAUCAAUGAAGGAAAGGAAGGCUUGCUGGGGAGCUCGGGAUGAGUAUUGGAAGUGCUUAGAUGAUAAUAUGGAAGAGGCAUCGAAGUGUGAGAAACUUAGGUGCUCUUUUGAAAAUGUGUGUCCACAACAGUGGGUAAGCAGCACAAAUCCCCCCCCCCCCAAAAAAAAUAUUCCAGCAUCUCCUGAUAGGACUGAGAAAGACUUCCUGUCUGAAACCCUGAAGAGUCACUGGAGACAUUAGGCUAUGUCUGACUCUUGUAAGGUGGCUUCCUAGGUUUCCAGUAUGUACUUGUCUUUACCAGCAAUGAGAUAAACCCUAUAAACUGGCAUAGCACUGAUAGGGGUGUAAAGUGUAGUGUUCUGUAUCAAAUACCUCAAGGGUUGUGUGAGCAUCUCAGAGAUAUUUGCCUGACCAAUUAGGUAGGGUUGAUUGUGGCACCCCACAUUUCACUGUAAGAAGACAUUAGAACUGUUUGGUAAUAGAACUAGGGGAGAAUUCUCCCUUAAGGGAGUUGAGGACCCUGAAAUGCUCAGAGUACAUCAACAUGGUUACAUACCCAGAUCUGAAAUGCUGCAAUGAUAAUCAAAAGAGGUCCUUCCUGUUUUCAUUACACUAGAAUUUUACUGUGUCAAUCUCAUUUCCUAACAGCGAUCUUGUUCAAAACAGGUUAAAUAUUUUGAUAGAAGAAGAGAUUAUCUAAAAUAUAAAGCAAAGUUGGAAGCAGGAGAAUUUCAGCCUUCAGAGACAACUGAGAAGUCAUAG